CGGUAUCCUGCCAGCUGCGUCUCAACCAAAAAUAGGCAGAAAAAAAGCUACUAGAACCCCUGCAUCAGCACCGGUCAGGAAACUACCGUAGAUAAUACGGUGGCUGGUCAAUGAAUGGCAUGGUUGAACUGAACCGGUGAACCACGGUGUAAUUGGAUUACUGUGCCGACGACGCUCCCAGUCUAUUGCCUGCAAACUGCUGGAUCCAACUGGAUUUGGCAAUACAUAGCUAUGAUUAGAGAGAGAGUAGUCCAAGCCAUGUCGUGGUUGUGGCCCCUGCUCCCUGCCCUGGUACUCUUUUCUGUGUUGUCUGUGGUUCGAGUACAGACUGCACCAUGCCAGACCUGCCGCAAGCUCACUGACAGCUUCAUCAAGGGACUGGAUAAAACAUCCAAUAAGAAUUUUGGGGGUGGCAACACUGCUUGGGAGGAGGAAAAUCUGGCUAAAUAUGCUCGCAGUGAAACCAGGUUGCUGGAGAUAGUGGAGGCAGCGUGUGAGCAAUCAGACUUAGACUGUAACAAACUGCUGGAGCAGAUAGAGGACCAAGUGGAGACAUGGUGGUUCCACCGGCAGCAAGAGGCUCCAGACCUAUUUGAGUGGUUGUGUAUAGAAGAGCUCCCGCUUUGCUGUCCCCCGGGACAUUUUGGACCAGACUGCAAAGAGUGUCUGUCUGGUCCUGGAGGGGUGUGUGGUGGUCUGGGCCGCUGUGAAGGAGAGGGCACGCGUCUGGGAGAUGGAGAGUGCGUGUGUGACCCGGGGUACUUCGGUCAGCUGUGUCAGAGCUGUGCAGACGGCUAUUACAGAGAGAAGAGCUCCAAUCACAGCACACCAGCCUGCGCAGCAUGCUACCGCUCUUGUAAAAAGUGCUCAGGGCCAGAGAACUACAAAUGUCUGGAAUGCAAACCUGGGUGGCUCUUCCAUGACAACAAGUGUGUUGACACUGAUGAGUGUGGCACAGAGCUGGCUCGAUGUUCCUCCAACACCUAUUGCCACAACACAGAUGGAUCGUACGAGUGCAGAGGCUGUGACCAGGCAUGUGUGGGCUGUAUGGGCAGUGGUCCAGCCCGCUGUAAGAAAUGUGCUCGGGGAUACAAGCUCAGAGGAGCCAAAUGUCUUGAUGUGGAUGAGUGUAGUGAGAGGGCGAUAGCAUGUCUAGGGCUGAAUGAGGCGUGUUUCAAUGACGAGGGGUCCUUCCGCUGUGAAUGUGCUGACGGCUUCAUUCGUAGAGACAGCAUCUGUGUGGAGAACCAUCCGCUGAGUGGUCCAGAGAAGGGUCUGUUUGAUGACAUGACUGAUGACGAGGUCCUGGUCCUGCAGCAGAUGUUCUUUGGCGUGGUCAUCUGUGCCCUAGCAACGCUCGCCGCCAAGGGCGACAUGGUCUUUACCGCCAUCUUCAUCGGGGGCGUGGCCGCCAUGGCUGGAUACUGGCUGUCAGAGAAGGGCGACCGCAUGCUGGACGGCUUCCUAAAGGGACGCUAGCCUACCAGGAGCUAGGGAUACAGGACAGAGGAAGGAACUCUUGAAUGCAAACCAAUGAGGGCGACAAAGACUGAGGGGUGACGGCUACAGGAAUGCUAGCCAAUCAGGGAUGUACUAUACUACUUUGGGGGUGUUGGCUUGGGAUGAUUGUGGGUCUUCUGGAUUGUGAACCUUUGAGAUAAGAGACCUUGGAGCUUAGUGAAAUUAGAGAGCUCAAUGGAGGAAGGAAUAUAGAAGACCGGGUACUACUUGAUCCAAGAACACUGAAAAGACACUGGACUGUCUUUCUGCACUGAUAUGGGAGACCAAAACCCAAGCCUCUUGCCUCAACUCAUGGAAUCCCAAAAAAACAUUUCCACUGAAUUUCAGCCGUGACCCAAAAGGACCAGCUGACAUGAUUAUCUCGUUAACACAGGUGUUGACGAGGACAAGGCUGGAGAUCACUCUGUCAUGAUGAAAAGGGAGGGAGUGCAGGUUGGAUAAGACCACUACUGAUUGUUACCAAGUUAUUAUGCAUUUGUAUCUUCUACUGAGCAAAAUAUUGCUCCAAAAUGAUGUCUGUCCAUUUCCACACAUCCCAACCCCAAACUUCAAGAGCAAGAGCUACCCCUCUUACCUCAUCAGUAUUCUACUGUUCAUCAUUUCACCUUAUACUGAGGAACAGCGGUGCUUCCCUGGUAAUGGAAGGUGAUAUGGGAUGGUCAGUGGGGUGUUGAAGCACUAAAGACUGCUGCUAUAGUGGACAUGGGAAAUGUGUAGGAAAGGACAGAUGCUUCCUGUUGCACCAGUGAAAUUAUGUCCAAUGUUAUAACACUAUUUAUAAUCGCGUCCCUAUUAUGACUGUGUUUUUGCACAAACUUAUUCUUACUGUAUGAAUGCAUGAGAAAGGCGAUACUGUAUGUAUUUAUUAUCCUGAUAGGCAUGAAAGACUGAACUUUAUAGAGCUGCUUGUUUCCCCCUUAAACUGUUCAACCAGGAUACAAGGAUCAUCACUUCUGUGUCACCACCCCAAACCCUAGUGCCUGAGCAGUGUGCAUGAGAAAGCAAGAGAGUAAAAGGCAGCAGUCCUAGUGAAGAUGUCACCCAUUGUAUUGUUUUGCAAUAAUUCAUUUCUGAUCAUUUUUUUGCAAAAACCUUAGAUGUUUAUUCUGUAUCUGUUUGAUAUGUGUGUGAUCAGCACCAGGCAAAAUGGGGUACUGUACAGUCGUGGCCAAAAGUUGAGAAUGACACACACAUUAAUUUUCACAAAGUCCGCGGCCUCAGUUUGUAUGAUGGCACUUUGCAUAUACUCCAGAAUAUUAUGAAGAGUGAUCAGAUGAAUUGUAAUUAAUUGCAAAGUCCCUCUUUGCCAUGCAAAUGAACUGAAUCCCAAAAAAACAUUUCCACUGAAUUUCAGCCGUGACCCAAAAGGACCAGUUGACAUGAUUCUCUCGUUAACACAGGUGUGAGUGUUGACGAGGACAAGGCUGGAGAUCACUCUGUCAUGAUGGAGUUCGAAUAACAGACCGGAAGCUUCAAAAGGAGGGUGGUGCUUGGAAUCAUUGUUCUU